AUGACCGAGACCAACACGGAAUGCCUGCGAGCACGCGAAGCCGUCACCGCCAUAGCGGACAUCAUCCGCACGGCGGGCCAGACUGUCACACUGCAGAGCCCAGCGUCCAGGAUGGUUGCCGACAGGCCGGAAUGCGUGCGCGCCGUCGAUGUCGUAGCGGCAGUUAGCGACAUCAUCCGUUGUGCCGGGCAGGGCAAGACUGCACAGCAGCCGCCGCCCGCGCUUCUUGCGAAGCCAAUGUCCGAGGGCAACACGGAAUGCUUGCGUGCGCGCGAAGCCGUCACCGCCAUAGCGGACAUCGUCCGCACGGCCGGCAAGACCAUCACGCUGCAGAGCCCAGCGUCCAGGAUGGUCACCGACAGGCCAGAAUGCGCACGCGCCGUCGAUGUCGUAGCAGCAGUUGGCGACAUCAUCCGCUGUGCUGGGCGGGGCAUGGCAGAAGAGCAGGUGACACCCAGCAUGGAGGAGAAGACCCCAGCCUCCGAGGAGGAGGUCCCAGCAUCAGAAGAGGUCGUGGCAUCAGAAGAGAUGGUUCUGGCCUCAGAGGAGGAGGGCCAAGCCUCAGAGGAGGAGGUCCCAGCCUCAGAGGAAGAGGUCCCAGCCUCUGAGGAAGAGGUCCCAGCCUCAGAGGAAGAGGUCCAAAUCUCAGAAGAACAGGUCCCAGCCUUGGAGGAAGAGGUCCCGGCCUCAGAAGAAGAGGUCCCAGCCUCAGAGGAAGAGGUCCCAGCCUCAGAGGAGGAGGUCCCAGCCUCUGAGGAAGAGGUCCCAGCCUCUGAGGAAGAGGUCCCAGCCUCAGAGGAAGAGGUCCAAAUCUCAGAAGAACAGGUCCCAGCCUUGGAGGAAGAGGUCCCGGCCUCAGAAGAAGAGGUCCCAGCCUCAGAGGAAGAGGUCCCAGCCUCAGAGGAAGAGGUCCCAGCCUCAGAGGAAGAGGUCCCAGCCUCAGAGGAAGAGGUCCCAGCCUCAGAGGAAGAGGUCCCAACCUCAGAAGAAGAGGUCCCGGCCUCAGAAGAAGAGGUCCCAGCCUCAGAGGAAGAGGUCCCAGCCUCAGAGGAAGAGGUCCCAGCCUCAGAGGAAGAGGUCCCAGCCUCAGCGGAAGAGGUCCCGACCUCAGAAGAAGAGGUCCCGGCCUCAGAAGAAGUAAUCCCGGCCUCAGAGGAAGAGGUCACAGCCUCGGAGGAAGAGGUCCCAACCUCAGAGGAAGAGGUCCAGGCCUCAGAGGAAGAGGUCCCGGCCUCAGAGGAAGAGGUCCCGGCCUCAGAAGAAGAGGUCCCAGCCUCAGAGGAAGGGGUCCAUGCCUCAGAGCAAGAGGUCACAGUUGCAGAGGAGGAGGUUCCAACAGCAGAGGAGGAGCUCUCUGUCACAGAGGAGAGGGUCCCACCCAUGGAGGAGAAGGUUACAGCUGUCAAGGAGGAGGUUACAGUGUCAGAGGAGGUCAUUCCAGCCUCAGAGGAGGAGACCCUGGCGUCCAAAGAGGGGGACCCAGUGCCAGAAGAGGGGGCACUGUCAGAGGAGGAGGCCCCACCAGCCAAGGAGAUGGAGGUCGUGCUGGCAGCCAAAUUUGGCAUGAAGGGCACCUGCAAAUGUCAAUAUCAAAGACUGCUUGCAUCUGAUCAGGUGGCAGAGGCAGAGGAUCGUGGGCAGGAGGUGCCAGUGGUAGCAGAAGAGGGAGCCCCAGCAGCAGAAGAGGGAGCCCCAGCAUCAGAAGAGGGAGCCCCAGCAUCAAGCGAGGUUGCUCCAGUGACAGAAGAGACAGCCCCAGCUAUGGAAGAGGGAGCCCCAGUGGCAGAAGAGGGAGCCCCAGUGGCAGAAGAGGGAGCCCCAGCGAUGGAAGAGGGAGCCCCAGAGAUGGAAGAGGGAGCCUCAGCGACAGAAGAGGGAGCCCCAGCGACGGAAGAAGGAGCCCCAGCGACAGAACAGGGAGCCCCAGCUAUGGAAGAGGGUGCCUCGGCUUCAGAUGAGGAGGCUGCAGCAGAGGAGGAGGCCGCGUCAGCAGAGGAGAAGGCCCCAGCAACAGAGGAGGAGGCCCCAACGUCAGAGGAAAUCCUGGUGACGGAGGAACCAAUUCCAGCAGUGAUGGUGGCAGCUGCGGGCCUCAUCACAGAUGAUGAAGCCUCUCUGGCGUUACUGCACGUCGCUGUCAACACGGAGCUCACUAUGGCAGACCGCUUCAGCCUCAAGACCUAAGCAGGUGCGGUGAUGCGCCGUGGUGACGAGUCCCAGAAUACAGUGGCGGUAGCGCCUGGGCGUCGCUUGAGGCUGCGCGGCUUCCGCAGUCAGUCCUGGAAAUAUAAUGUAAAAUUCAUGUGACAGUAAAAUUUCGUUUGUAACAGGAAACUGUUGUGUCACUAACGAUCUCUACGUGCAUUAGUAUGUUGCUUUGAAGUAUUUAGCACUAAAUUUAUUUACAGGACGUUUGAGAAAUGACAAGGGCAUUUCACGAAAAAGGAAGAAGAAAACAAUGUAUCAAGUAACUCUAGAAAUAUAAUGAGACAAUCUUUUA